AUGGUCAAUGGUAGAAAAAGAUUUUUAAAACUCUAUAUAUGUUUUGUAGCUUGCAAGCAGGGGUUCUUAGCAGGAUGUCGACCCAUAAUAGGGGUUAAUGGAUGUCACUUGAAAGGACACCAAAAGGGGGAGCAGCUAUUGACAGCAGUAGGCAUUGAUGGAAACAACAUGAUGUGUCAUAUUUCAUUCACAGUAGUGGAAGGUGAACUGAAGGAAACAUGGCGUUGGUUUCUUACACUUCUUGAUGAGGACCUAAGAAUCUCACAAAACCCUUUUGCAUGGACUUUCAUUUCUGAUAAGCAAAAGGGUUUACUUCGAGCAUUUGAUGAUAUAAUGCUAGAUGUUGCACACAGGUUUUGUGUGAGGCAUUUGCACAACAAUUUCAAGAUGGAAGGUUUUGGAGGACAAGCACUGAAAGAUAUCCUAUGGAAAGCUGCCAAGGUAACUACAGAACCUGAAUUUUUCAAGCAUAUGGAAAGAAUGGCAAAAUUGGAUCCAAAAGCCCUUAAAUGGUUUAUUAAUAAGCCUCCCAUUCACUGGUCAAGGGCAUUUUUCUCUUCUUUCUCAAAGUGUGAUGCAUUAUUAAACAAUUUGUGUGAGUCAUUCAAUAGUGUACUCCUACAUGUAAGAGACAAGCAUAUUUGGACAAUGCUUGAAUCAAUUAGGAUCUAUAUGAUGUCUAGACUUCAAAAGAUAGUGAUAAGAUGA